AAGUUUUAAACUUCCUGGUUGCCAGAACAAACUCAACAGUCACCAAGAAAAUGUCGGCUGUACGAAGUUUUGAUGUUUGGUUUUACAUUGUUGUUGGAUAUUGUUUUCUUCAGGUUGUACAACUUCAAGAAAACGUUGCUCUGAAUAAGGCAACCACACAAUCGCCAGAGUGUCCUGGUUAUGAAGGUGCAUCUCAUUUGGCUGUAGAUGGUAAUAUUACAACUGAAUUUGGUCAAAGUAAACCACACGCAUGCGCGUGCGCAAAAGGGAUAUCUUCCACAUUCUGGAGUGUUGAUCUAGGAAAACCGUAUCGACUUCACAACAUAAGGAUAUUCCAGAGGAAUAGCAACCAUUUCACAUUAAAUGGAUUCAGUGUUUCUGUUGAUGCGAGUCCCUGCUACCAGUGGACGAAUAGUUGGAGUCCACCAACAGUGUUUAAUAUAACAUGUGAUAAAACAGGACAAAUAGUGAAGUUCAGUGUUCCAAGGACAGACUAUUUUGUUUUGUGUGAAGUACAGAUAUUUGUGUGUGCAGAUUAUUAUUAUGGUGAUGUCUGCGACAAGACGUGUAACUGUAGAGUUCAGAAUGAAGUGUGUGACAAGAGAACAGGAGCAUGUACAUCAGGAUGCCCGCCCAAGUGGAUGGGUACAGCUUGUGAUACCUGUGAUGACAGAUAUUGGGGUACGUCUUGCACUAGGCCGUGUAGCACAACUUGUAAAGAAGCCUCAUGUGACAGAGUGAACGGAAAUUGUCAGUCCUGUGAUGACAGAUAUUGGGGUACGUCAUGCUCUAGGCCGUGUAGCACAACUUGUAAAGAAACAUCAUGUGACAGAGUGAACGGAAAUUGUCAGUGUACGUAUUGGGUAUUGUUUCAGUAAAUGUUAGACAUAAAUAGCAAAUUCUGUUCAA